GCCGACUAGCUUCAGUUCAUAGGGGAGCUGCAGCCUGAGCAGGAAACUGCAUCUUCAGACUUCUGCUCAGCCACGAGAGGAGCUAAGGGUCACCGGACGCCCAGGACCCUUUCACAGCGAUCCGACUCGCGGGGUCAACUCCCGACCGGUUUCCUCCGCCACAGCCUUACCUGUGAGCUCGGACUUCCCCGGCUUCCAGCGGAUGCUCAAACUGACGGCAGAGACCCAGGACUGCAGUGAGUGGGACACGCAACCCCUUACUCAGCUCUCCUCCGGUAUCAGCGUCUCCCCGAAGGGGACGAGCAUGGUGAUUGUGCCUUGAAGAACCCUGGCUCUGGACGUCUGAAAAGGUGCUGGCCAUGAAGCUGUUCACUUGCUUCUUGCAAGUCCUGGCUGGGUUGGCUGUGCAUUCCCAGUGUGAACCAGAGGUGUAACGUUACCGGCAGGGAGCACCAGCUCAUGGCGCCGCCUGCUCCAGCCCCUGAGUUCCUACCAGCUGAUCACCUCCCCCUGGGCUCUGGCACCCAGCCAAGGCGGGCUGUAGAAGGCCCAGCAGGGCUGGCCUGGGGGCUGGGUAGAAGAGAGACCCCACAGGAUUAGAAGCGCUUUGGAACACGAGAAGCCUUCCCCCGAACCUCUAGCCUCCUACCCUUUUCCAAGGGAGGAGACGGAGGCCAGAGAGUCAGGGGACCCUGUCGGCUGGGAACAGCUCAACAGAAGCGGAAGUGGUGCCUUUCAAUGAAGUGUGGGGACGCAGCUACUGCCGGCCAAUGGAGAAACUGGUGGAAAUUGUGGACGAGUACCCUGAUGAGGUGGCCCACAUGUUCAGCCCGUCCUGUGUCCCCCUGAAUCGCUGUACUGGCUGCUGUGGAGAUGAGAGUCUACACUGUGUGCCGCUCAAGACAGCCAACGUCACCAUGCAGAUCUUGAAGAUCCCCGCCAUCGGGGACCAGCAUUCCUAUGUGGAGAUGACGUUCUCUCAGGAUGUGCUCUGUGAAUGCAGGCCUAUCCAGGAGAAGACGAAGUCAGAAAGGAGGAAAAUCAAGGGGAAGAGGAAGAAAGAGAAGCAGAAACCCACAGACUGAGGGACCCCACCUGUAUGGUGAUGCUGUUCCCUGGAGGUAACCAGCCCCUCAGAGGAGAGACCCCCACACCCAGCUCAUAUAUUUAUUACCGCCACCCUCUCAGAUCCCUCCCUGCUGGUUCCUACCCUCUAUUUAUUAGCCAACUCGUCCCUGCUGAAUGACUUGCUCCCUCCAAGAUAAGGGGCAUGGAAAGACAGGACCCUCAGGAAUUCAGUGCCUUAAACAGAACGUGAGAGAGAGGAAGAAGCCAGCCACGGUUCCGUGGGAGCUUCGGCUUGGGAAGAAGCAAGACAUGGACGUAGCCUUUCAAGGGGCAAACCAGGCCCCUGAGGCUCUGGGUCUCCGGGGAGCUGGAGAAGGAAAGAGAAGGCCCAGUACCUACCCUGGUUCCCGGCUCCACCCAGACAGCAGCUCUGGCCCUGGCUGCAUUGAAGACAUGUAGAGGGGACACCCCGCCAUGUCCUCUUGCUGCUGGAAUCAACUGUUUACCCUGGAGACCAGGACAAGACAUUGGGCUCUGGAGAACAGAGCUUGCCUGUGGACUUUGCCUUUCAGCCCGGAAGUUCACUCUGCGUCCUUUGCAAAGCACCACCACCCUGCGGAGUGGCCUGGGGCCGAACAGAGGGCAGGCUGGAUAAUAGCCCAAUAGAUUGGUGGAUUUUUCACAGCUGCAAGCCAGGGCAUGUGUCCUAGUGUUACAGCUACAGAAAGCAAGCAGAUUCCUGGAGGGCCCUUGCAGCCCACCAAUCGUCUCUGCCGGGACUGUCUAACUGCCAAGCCAGAUUCUCUUGAAUAAAGCAUUCUAGUCUGGAACCAA